AAAUCAUCUCGAAAUUCCCAUACACGAAGCCAAGAAUAUCCGAGGGCCCUGCCAACAUCAUCACGAUGGGUGAUGGCGGGUCAAGAAAGUAUGGCCUGCUGCAGGAUCUCCUGCUCAUCGUUGUCUCUAGCUUCUCCAUGUAUUAUAUUGCAAAGAGUGUAGUGUCCAGCCUACCAUUAGGGACGGAUUCGGAGAAAGAGCAGCAUGAGCAAGCACGUGUCAAGGCGACGGCAAAUCUUCGAAGGCUCGACAGGUUAAAGCACGACACGGACUCGGGGGACGAUUCAGGGAGAGGAACGGAUAAUUCACGGCGACCUCGAAAGGAGGACUUCGAUUUGGAUCAAUAUGAGAGUCAAAUAGCGAUGGAGGUUGUUGCGCCAGAAGAUAUACCAGUUGGAUUUGAUGAUAUCGGUGGUCUUGAAGAUAUUAUCGAGGAGCUCAAAGAAUCCGUCAUAUACCCCCUAACAAUGCCACAUUUAUACUCGCACUCGUCGUCCCUCCUGGCUGCACCUUCAGGUGUUCUCCUCUAUGGUCCUCCUGGAUGUGGAAAAACUAUGCUCGCAAAGGCUCUUGCACACGAGAGCGGAGCAUGUUUCAUCAAUCUUCAUAUUUCGACCCUGACAGAGAAGUGGUAUGGAGACUCGAACAAACUCGUACGAGCUGUGUUUUCUCUGGCCAGAAAAUUACAACCGACGAUUGUUUUCAUCGAUGAAAUAGAUGCUGUUCUUGGGCAAAGACGAAGCGGAGAGCACGAGGCAAGCGGUAUGGUCAAGGCAGAAUUUAUGACUCUGUGGGAUGGUCUGACGUCUGCAAACGAGGCAGGUGUUCCUGCUCGAAUCAUGAUUCUUGGUGCAACAAAUCGAAUACAAGAUAUAGACGAGGCCAUUUUACGAAGAAUGCCGAAAAAAUUCCCGGUUUCUUUACCCUCGAACUCACAGAGACGGCGGAUUUUGAAGCUCAUUCUGAAAGACACCAAGAUCGAUCCUAACAAAUUUGAUAUCGAAUACUUGACUCGGGUAAUGGCCGGCAUGUCAGGCAGUGAUAUCAAAGAAGCAUGCAGAGAUGCAGCUAUGGUGCCAGUACGGGAGUUCAUGAGAGAGCAGAGAGAGCAGGGUGCUACUAUGGCUGGAGUUAGAGCGGAUGCCAAUUCCAUAAGGGGCGUCAGGACAGAGGACUUCUUCGGGCGGAAGGGGGGUGGACAGAUUAUCAAGGAUAAUCAUGCCCAGCAAUCAGCCAAGCGGGCCGAGAAGAAGGUUGAGGGCUCAAGCGAUGAGUACGAAGACUUCGACGAUAAUGAUGCAGCGGAAUCAAUGGAUUGAGCCUGGAAACUUGUUGGGUACUGUAAUACUUGGAUAGUUGUGUAGUUGUGUAGCAUAUGGCGGGGGCGUUUCUCGGGUUUCAAAUAGAACUGCGGCAGAUAACGAUGGAGUUGCUGGAGCACAGAGCUCGUGUGAGGGUAAAUAAGGAUAGAAGACUUUCAUCUCUUCUCAUGAAUAUUGGUAGUUUGUCCAUGGCAAACCUCUUUCCCUU